AUGGCGCCGGGCCAAAGCCGCAGUGUCUUUGUGGGCAACAUCCCAUUCAAUUUGAGCGAGGAAAACAUAGUCAAGAUCCUGAGCUAUGCGGGAACUGUGGUCAAGUUCAGACUCAUGACAAAUCCAGAAACUGGCAAAUCCAAAGGUUUCGGGUUUGCAGACUUUCAAGACGCGGACUCCGCAGCAAACGCGGUCAGGAAUUUGAACGAUUUUGAGAUCGACGGCCGUAAGAUUCGAGUGGACUGGCCUCACAAUAACGAGAAGGAUUCUGUGCCUACAAAUUAUGAUCAGUCAAACGCUCCGGGCGGCGACGGCUUGCAGGCUGCCGGAGCCGGCACACUUGCCCCUCUGCCAACAGGCGUCGACUUGCCUCCUAAUCUCAGAUGCACCGAUGCUAUCUCACAGACGCUCUCGACCGUCCCACCGCCGCAACUACUCGAUGUCCUCACGCAGAUGAAAGCACUAGCCAUCUCCGACCCUGCCAAAGCAACGUCCCUUCUGAAAGCCGCGCCGCAGCUGUCGUUUGCCAUAUUUCAAGCUCUCAUUCUGAUGAAUCUCGUUGAUCCCAAAGUCUUAGCGCAAGUGGUUGAGCAAGCCGCUAGACCGCCUCAACCUACAAACAUCCCUCCUCCGCAAUCAAACCUACAACAAUACCCUGGAUAUCCCGUCGUUCCUGGACAAAUGCCUCCUAGACCGGCUCAGCCCUACACACCCACACCGACGCAGCAACCACAACCGGCCGCGCUACAACCCACUCUGACCCAACAAGAGAUGAUCCAACAAGUAUUGGCCAUGGAUCAAAGAACGAUAGAUUCGUUCUCGCCGACUGAGAGGGCACAAAUCAUGCAGAUCAGAGCGCAAAUGGGAGUCAGAUGA